AGUGCGGCACUGCCACGCUACGCUCAUUUCGAGGUUCCUAUCCUGACAAAUCAUCGCCACGUUGUAGCACCUAAAACGGGCCUUUUGUGAAGUCUUACAGCAUAGCGUAGUUGGUCUCCGCUAACACAUGUAGUUGACGUCGAGCUUACUGAGCGAUGUCUCUAUAUCUAAUAUGGCUCUCCUGCUGCCCUAUGAUCGUAUACACUUGUGAUGACGAUCUCGGUCUCCAAUUGAACGGCAAUCUUUUGAAAUGGGCAAUCUUAGUCAACAUGGUGCUUCUUUGCUCGGCGAGCGUAUUGGCGCCCUUUUCAAUGGUGUUUUUACGGCAUGGGUAACUUUCAUUUUCGAUUGGGUCACGCCGUCGUGGUGCAAGUCUACCUAUGUGACAGGCGAUCUCCUGUACCGGGCAAUGCGGUCGGAUAAGGCCUUGGCCGAAACAUCUUGGAAAACUCGUAUCAUGAUGUUUACUAUAUGGCUAAGCUUGAACGUCGCGUAUCAAGUCUACGCUCCAAAGCGUCGGCUCAUCAUGAUAUACCAUUGCCUCACUGGUCAUGGUCUGAAUCUUCUUCUCUGGGGGUAUCUCACGAUGCAGGUCGAUGGUCCGAGGAAUGCGGUAAAUAAAGUAUACGACGCCUACACAGAUUCGGCAAUCGGUUUCUUUAUCACAUCAUAUUCUCUGACUCAUCGUCCGUUGAUUUGGAGGAUGAUAAAAUGGAUUUCAUUCAGAGUAGGGUUGCCGUUGCUGUGUGUUGGCGCCCCGCUGUAUUAUUUCCGAGAAAAGCUACCACUAGCCCGCACGUUUCAACGAGUGAAUACUUCAAUGUUCCUAUUCUUUUCUCACGCCUGGGAUGCCUUCGACUAUGUAGAAGCACAGGUCGUAGAGCGAUUUCCUCAAUAUCUACAGCACAAGUGGUCCUCAUACCAACAGGGUCGUCCUGAACGGGCGAACCUACCUACAUACCAAUAUCAGCCUCUAAACAAAGGAGAGAUCAGACUUCUCGUCCUGAAGCAAUCACCGCUGUAUCCCAGCGUUAUACAGGCCAAAAUAGUUCACCAGCCCAUUUAUCCGCCUCCAGACUACGAGGCGGUAUCAUACUGUUGGGGAUCGCCCGAGUCAACGAAAGAAAUACUCGUUGACGGAUGUCGCUUCCCAGUCACUAAGGCAGCUUUUGACUUGCUCCUCGCGCGCCGCUCGGUAUGGAAAGACCGAACGCUCUGGAUUGACGCAAUCUGCAUCAACCAAAAAGACAUGCAAGAAAAGACCGAGCAAGUACAUUUGAUGCGCGACAUUUACCACCGAGCCUCGCGUGUCAUUGCAUUCCCGGGCGGAAAUUGGAGAUCUCGACUCGCAGGAGGGAUUGUGCUUCAACUUUGGGCACUUGUUCAUCAGUAUGAAACUCAAAAGAUGAAUUGGUCAGGGACACCUGCCGAAGCACGGUCGCCACGAUGGAGGGCCAUGGCAGACUUGUUUAGCAGUGAGUAUUUUACUCGCGCUUGGAUUAUACAAGAGGUUGCUGUAGGGCAGAGGGUGGAAGUCUAUCUGGGCGGGAUAUAUGUCCCUUGGCUGGCAUUUUUUGAGGUCAUGAAUUGGUGCUUCGAAUCAAAGCGGAGACAUUUACUAUCUGCAAGCGAGGACAAGGAAAGACGUAUAUGGCGAACAGGUCAGACCUUUGAGAAUGUUGCUGUCAUGGCCAUCCUUCGCCCAGACACAGGAGCAAUCUGGGCUGACUACACAAAUAUCGACAACCACAACAUGAUUGAUCUUGAGAACCUGCUUCUAAUCACAGCCAAUUUCCGAACAACGGAUCCCCGAGAUAAAGUGUUCAGUUUGAUAGGGAUUGCGAGGAAUGCCGGCGACCCAGAGCUUACUGUCCCGGACUAUAGUCUGCCCGUAGAGCAAGUUUUCCAGAAGACCGCGCAAUGUGUCUUCUCUUACCCUCCAGGUCGCAAGACAAUCCAUAUCCUAGCGUUAGCAGGAACUGGCUUCUGCGAGCGUCCCAUGAAGAUGCCGUCAUGGGUCCCCGACUUUAGCGAGAAGCGCGCAUGCUAUCCGUACGCAAAUACCCUUGAUCGGGAUAUCAACUUCAAGGCCUCCGGCGGUCAUGCCCAAGAUACGCGGCUCGAUCUCGAGACGAAUUCUUUCAUAAUAAAGGCCAUUACGAUCGAUCAAGUGCUAGAUAUCAGUGAGGCCGGGGCAUUAGACUGGGGAUUGCGCGAUCUCGACUUGGCAGAUGCCUUUAAGUUGCUCCCCAAACUACAUAAAUGGGUAUACGCUGCGAUAGAUCUUUGCGAAAAGCAUCCUAAGUCAUCCGCUAUGCCCGAGAUAACCACAUAUAACAGAUUGUGGUGGACGCUGAUUUCCGGGCGCAUCGAGCGAAAGCCUGCGGACGCGAAGUAUGAGAAGGCGUUUCGGUACUGGUUACAGAAUUUAGACAUCCUGGCAAGCUCGAAAAACCUCGCUCACUACAGCCAGCGGUUCAAGGACGGUGAGCUUGGCGACGCCGAGGCCAACAUUAUUGAUGGAACGGACGACUAUUACCAGUAUAGUGUUUUGGAGGCUUGUUUCGGGAGACGGAUCGCUAUCACGAGGUCUGGUCGUCUGUGUAUAGUGCCACCAUUGACGAGGGUCGGUGACUCCGUGAUUAUCCCGUUCGGCUCACAGACGCCAUUCCUCAUAAGGAAACCUCAUAGCUAUCUGAAUACUUCUGGCUAUGAACUUAUCGGCGAGGCCUGGGUUGACGGCGUCAUGUACGGCGAAAUGGUAGGCAGCGCGGAUGAAGAGUUUAUUCGGAUCUCGUGAACGGCAAUUGCUGGAAGAUGUCGAUAUCGUCCAUCUCCCUUGCUCCGGCAUCCCUAAGCAGGAAUUGUAGGGACCAAUUCGCAGUCUGGACUCAUAUGCUGUAUCGCGGCAUUACUUCGGACCGUUGACGCGGUUGGAAGCGAUGGUGCGCGCAAUCGCUCGCUUCAGCGACGCAUUCGUCGAGAGGGACACCAUCCCUGUAAUCUCGGAUUGCAUCAUCGUUCCUCCGGCUGACAAUGGCGAGGCCUACAUUCAACAACGGAAUCACGGGAACAGGUUAUCGUAAUGCACGGUCUAAUCCUCUUGGUGCUUUUAUCAUACCAUGGGGCGCACCUCAUAGUUAAAAGUAACUCCAUGCAGGAUUGCAUAGUCCUUGGAGCUUCAAGACCUGCGUGGGGGAUUCCGAUGCCUAAAGCAA